AUGGCUGUUAGCAGUUUGUCGUAUUGUUGGAACACAAAAAUGAAGAUACUUUCUCCAGCUUUGAAGAGAAUUUGGAAAAAAUGGGAUAUACGAGUUUCUGUUAUGCUUAGCCUCAUCCUUCAAAUUGUACUCAUCAUUCUGGGUAAUCGCAGAAAGUAUAAUCACAAGGGCUGGCUGAAAUUUGUAUUAUGGUGUGUCUACUUAUCUGCAGACUCCAUAGCAACUGCUUCCCUUGGUGUCAUCUCAAAUAACCUUUCGGAUUUAUUUGAAGAUAAUGCUGGAUACAUCAUCGAUGCCAACGUUGAGUUAACUGCAUUUUGGGCACCAUUUCUUCUUCUCCAUUUGGGUGGCCCUGACACCAUCACUUCUUAUGCUCUUGAAGACAAUGAGCUUUGGCUCAGGCACUUCCUUGGACUAAUUGUCCAAACAGGAGUCGCUAUUUAUGUGCUCUCCAUGGCUUGGACAGGCUCUUAUCUUACAUUUCUCUACAUCCUAAUGUUGAUUGCAGGGCUAAUUAAGUAUGGAGAACGCACUUCGUCGCUUUGGAAAGCUAGCAGUGAGAAUCUUAGAAAGAAAUUUAAACACAAAAAUGAUGAAGAUCAGGUGGGUCGAAGAUUUCUUAAGCAGCAUGGAAGUAAGGAUGAAGAAGGGUACUUUGUGGGAACAGACAUGAUUACACCAUUUGAUUUUCCAGUGGAUCUCUCUCGGCUUUGCAGCAGCAACGUUAACAAUAAUUCUGCUUCUGAUGAAGAUCGAUUAGUUAUCGCAGACUCACUGCGGAAAGUAACUAUGAGUCUUUUCUUAGAUACAAUUCUUACCUCCACAAUCAAAGAGACCACUCAGUAUCUUUUCAAUAACAUGUCUGUUGAAAAUGCUUUCAAAAUCAUUGAAAUGGAAACUGCAUUUACGUUUGACUUGCUUUACACCAAGAGAUAUAUGCAGCAAUAG